AUUGUCUCUAAUGGCCUCUUGGUUUCCUCUCCACGUCUUUAACCUGACUUAUACCGUAAAGUACAAGACAGAGUGAAAAAGAUGAGAGAACUCUUCACCAGUGGUUGUCUUCUCUUACUUUGCUGUACUGAAGGGAUGAUUGGGGAAGACCAUAGGAAUGUUCUUUUGCGCGGUAGAGGACGUAAAAAUUGGGCAUUGCACAAACCCACCCGCCAAUCGUCGGAAAACUUCGGUUGGUAUAAGUCCAUGAAGGCCGUCGACGGACGUCUGGACAACGACGUCAUAAAGUCUAAGUCCUGUAUUGUCACAAGAUAUGAGAGACGUCCAUGGUGGAUAGUGGAUCUGAAAGUGACCAUCCGUGUGCAGGAAGUUUUCAUCAUGAACCGAGGCACAUGCUGUGCUGUACCUUACAAUUUCCACAUUGAAGUUCACAAAGGUACCUUUGCACAACUAGAGUUAGUCGGCUUGUGUCAUUACCAAAGUGAACCUCUCCAGUAUGGAAUGACCAACAAUUUCCGCUGCCACUAUGAUCUGAUAGGUCAGUUCGUCCGACUGUGGAUUGACAAGUGGCGUGCGAUUCUAAGCGUGUGUGAAGUCGAGGUGUACGGGUCGAAGUACAUAAAUAGGAACGAUUGGAAGGGCACAAACUGGGCGCGAGUGGAAGAAGCUUCUCAGUCCUCAACGAAUCUUAACAACGGUUUGUCCAAUCCGAACAACGCAGUGGACGGUAAUCUUAACAGCGAAUACAUUCAAGGCUCGUGCUCACACACCAGAAUUGGAGACACCAGCCCAUGGUGGCAGAUCGACUUGUUACAGCUGAUAAUAGUUACCGACCUCAAACUGUUCAACCGCAUGGAUUGCUGUCGUGAGCGACUUCAUGAUUUCGUCAUCACAAUUUUACAAAACUCUUCCGACACGAACGCUAAGCAAUGCUAUAAGCAGACGAGAGCAGUACUUUGGGUUGAAACGAUAAAGUGUCACGUGCCCCUUGCAGGGCAGAUCGUUCGUGUUGCGAAAACUAGUGUCCGUGGACCCAACGAUGUCCUUACCUUGUGUGAAGUGGAAGUGUUCGGCUGGAAAAUAGUCACGGAUCCUGAAUACCUGAAGAGUCGUGACAACUUUGCUGUUGGUCGUAGUGCGUGGUUGUCCAGUGUCUCAGCUGAUGGGCAAGCGUGGCGGGCGGUGGACGGUAACAUCCUAAAUAACUGGUAUGGUGGGUCCUGCGUAUCCACCAAGUUGUUGGACCGCCAUCCGUGGUUCAAGGUUUUUUUUGGCCCGAUGUUCAUCGAAGCUGUGUUGGUCGUCUUCCGAGCAGAAUGUUGUGAAAAUCACGUUCCCAAACUGUACGUGUGGGUGGACGAGAAGGUUCUGUGUGGCAGGCAGAAUAAGCGGUACGUGAGAGGCGCAGUGGUUGGUUACGCUUGUCCUUCCAACACGCAGGGUGCCUAUGCGCUGAUUACAAAAGCUCCCAUAGCUCCACCUAGAGAAGUCAUCACGUUGUGCGAGGUAGAAGUGUAUGGAUUUAUUAAAACAGAUAAAAACUGGGCCCUGGGUUCAAGAGUCGUGAUAGAGGACAUGGACAACGGAACAUCCUACGACGGACACUUUGUGACGGAUGGCGAUUUCUCCAACUUCUUCAAGCAACCCGUUUGUCCUACUUUUAAAGCAAGCAAUUAUUUAUUGAUGACGAUCGAUUUAAGAGAUGUGUAUGUGUAUGUGGAAAAAAUUGUGUAUAUCACCGCAAUACGUAACGGCGCUGUUGCUCCACGAGAAUUGUCUAUUUCGCUGGUUAACCUGGUGACACAAUACACAAACGACGAUGCAUGCAGACCUACCUCUCGGAUUACUGGCCCAGGUCAACACUUCACGGUUAGGUGCUGGGGCUCUGGGACCGACAGAUUGGCCAACCGGAUUGUCAUGAAAAAGGCGUUCAAGACCAACUCCAUGUCAAUCUGUGAGGUAGAAGUCUAUGGACCAUUUGCUUAUCGGGCGUAACGCCUGUUUGUGAUUUGCCUGUUUUGUGCAACGCCUUUUGUAAAGAGUGUAUAUUGUAUGACACGGAAAGCGGUUCAGUCUUUUCAUACUGAAAGGGCUGAAAAAUAAAGCUUUUUGUUGUGUU